CAUACCACAUAACUCAUAAAUUCAUAUAUAUCUUUCAUUUUCCCCAUAUUUUGCUAUUGUCCAAAAGGGUUGAUCAUUUUUUUUUCUUUAAUUUUGUAAAUUUAAUUAAUUAUUUCAAUUUCUUGAAAAGAAAAAAAAAACGAGGAAAAAAAAAUGAAGGAAAACAAGGAUAAUCCUCUGCACCUUUCUUCCCUGAACCACAUCUCACUUGUCUGCAAAUCAGUCGAUGAAUCAACUGAUUUUUACCAAAACGUCCUUGGGUUUGUACCUGUCAGAAGGCCUGGGUCGUUGAAAUUUGACGGUGCAUGGCUGUUUGGUCAUGGGAUUGGGAUACAUCUCCUUCAAUCAGAAGAUCCUCAGAAUAUGCCGAAGAAAACUGUGAUUAAUCCUAAAGAUAAUCACAUUUCCUUCCAGUGCGAGAGCAUGGGGAUGGUGGAGAAGAAGCUGACGGAGAUGGGGAUUGAUUGGGUGCGGCAGAGAGUAGAGGAAGGUGGGAUCUACGUGGACCAACUAUUUUUCCACGACCCAGAUGGUUUCAUGAUUGAGAUAUGCAACUGCGACAACAUGCCGAUUGUACCUUUGGCUGGUGAGAUGGUACGUUCUUGCUCAAGGAUUAAUCUCCAGAUGGUGGUGCAGCAGCAGCCGCAGCCGCAGCAGAUCCACGCUCCCGUUGUACAACCUUAGUUGGGAAAAUAAUUGGGUGUUGCGUCAGCAUUGAUUAGCUGCCGUAGGAUCUGAUGAUCUGGAUCUGGAUCGGACGGACGGAGGGACCCCCCCUUUCUUGGCCUAACCUUUUGUCUGUUUGCUCCUUUUGUAAUUGUUCUGUGCUUUUCUGUUGUUGUCGUGUUUGGUAUAAUAAUAUUAAUUAAUAAUGACGCUUUUGGCCUUCGCUCCAAAUUGAUAUCCA